AUGUUACAACCCAGACUCCUGGCGCCCUUCCGGGCGCUAGAACGGGCCAUUGUGCCAACCCUACGCUCCACACAACCCAUCGCCCGUCCGCUAUCCUCCACGCCGUCGAUAAUCCCGCGCACUCUCUCCGCACGGACAACGCCCUUCUCGCACCCUCUCCUCCCUCUAUCGCAGGUCCGACACGCCUCACACGCCUCCCAGGGUACCGCAAACCGACACUCGCGGGAUCCCGCCGGUAAGCGGUUGGGCGCCAAACGUGCCGGCGGCGAAUACGUCGUGCCGGGCUGCAUCAUCUUCCGGCAACGCGGGACGAAAUGGUUCCCCGGCGAGAACUGCGCUAUGGGCCGCGACCACACCAUCUACGCCGCCGAGGCCGGCUACGUGCGAUACUACCUCGACCCCGAGCGCCACCCGGAUCGCAAGUACAUCGGCGUCGUCUUCGAGAAGGACGGCAAGCUCCCCACGCCGCGCAAUGCCCCAACCCGCCGCAAGCUGAACCACGUCGCGGUGCCUCGUACCCCGGAGGAACCUGAGACUGCGGCGCAAUCGGAUCUGGUUGCGGAUGUGGAGAACGGUGUCACAGUCUCGAGUGUGGAGGCGGCUAACGCUGGAACCGGCGCCCAGCUGCGUCCGGGAUACAUGUACCGUGAGGCGAACUGGCAGAUUGGUCGCGCGGCGGAGAAGGCUGGCAUCUCGGCCAAGUCGUACAACCGCAGGAACCGUUGGUUGGCGUGGAGAAAGAGACAGGCCCGUGCUGAGCGGGCUGCCCAGAUGAAGAGUCUCAAGAACAAGAAGAAGGCGUCGAAGAAGGCCAAGGGUGGUCGCUAA